UUGCCCAGCCUCGGUGUAAUAUCCAAGUUCACUGGCCGAGAUUUCAGCCGCUCCCUUCGUCUUUUAGGGAGAAAUGAGCGCGUUUAAACUAUCCAAUAUCUGGCAGGAGGACAUCGCAAUUAACUUGUCUAAACUAUUUUCUUCGAACAAGUCUGUGGAGGAUAACCCAACGAAAACUACUUCCGAAACAGUAAGUCUUAAGGACAAGCAAACUGCAGUGACCCCAAAAGAUGGAAAAAUAAAUGAACAGGCUUUCUCUGGGUCUGCAAAUAAGUUGGUUACAGACCUGGCAAAGGUUUUUCAGGGUUCUGUGGACAAAGAGAAGUCUUCAGCUCAGGAGGAACCAAAAGAUAGUGAAGCCAUUGGAUUAUUUCCAACCAUUGGUUUGAACCAACCUGAGGAAGGGCUUCGACAGAAAUUGGGAAGUUUUUUUAGUCGUACCUCAAAAUCCAAACCAAAACAAUCAUUAACUCCACCUCAAAGUGAAAGUGUCAGCAGCCUAGAUUUGAACACUGAAUAUCGGAAUGGAACUCCAGUCCCAAAGCGGAAUGAUGCUGCAGAAAAGGAGCCUCUUAGUAAGCAGAUGACAGCAGGCCUUGACAGCAAUGCUGGGGAGAAUGGCAACAGAACAUUGAUGGUAACCUGUCUUGAGACUCCUUCCACAGAGCAGAUAUCUGACCAAUCAGGAUUAAUUGAGCAGAAUAAAUUUGAGGUUGUAAAUCGUAAAGAAAUCAAAAUUAAUUCAACCACUUCAGCACAAUACACGGGAAGUGGCCAGUCAGAAGAAAAACGUAACGGUUCUGCUCAAACCACAGAUCCUACAGCCGCUCAGAAAUUAAGACAGUUCAGCAGUAGUAUUUCGUUACAGAAGGAUGAUAAUUCAUCUGCUUAUCAGAGGAGCUUAACCAAGCCACAAACAGCAGUUGACAAAUGCAAAGAAAUUAAUAGCCAAGUUUUGGAAGAUGGAGUCAAUGGAAGAGAUAAUGUUGAGAAUGAGAACAAAAUAUCAGUUCCUCGGACUAUCACCUAUUCAACUUACUGUGGGGCAAGGAGGAUCAGAAGAAGGAGAACACAGAGGAAACCAUUCCAACCAUUAAAGCCCACAAUCUCUGAAGUAGAUGAAAGAAAUCUGACUUCAUUGGAUGAUCAAAAGGAAGAAGAAACUAAGCAAUCUGUCCUUUUGCCAGCUCCAGAAAUGACUGAGAUUCAGACACCAUUAGAAGAAAAAAUACCCUUAAUUGUGGCAAAUGAAUCUAUAGCAAUGAAUCAAUCAAAUCAUGACAAAGGAAAUGAUGAAUUACAGCCCAGAAUCAGCACAGAAAAAAAUUCUUCAAACAAACCUGAGUUGGCCAAAGAUGAAAAAUUAGAAAAUGAAGCACCAAUGCAGCAAAGCUCUUUUAGUGAAGUCAUCAGGGACAUGGAAUUAACUGAUCUACAUCAAGAGAUAACGAAAAUAAUAACUGACUACAACACAGUGACAAUAGGUACAAUAGAUAACAUCAAGAAACAAGCAAUACAAUCUGAUACACCUGUAUCAAACACAACCAGUAGACAAAAGAUGACUAGUGUCAAUCCUAAUGACAUAUCUGCACCCAGUGUAUCUGUGGCUCCUGAAGACUUAUAUUCAAAAGGAAGUGGUGUACCCAAGAUGGACACAAAAUAUUUAGCUCAGAAGAAUAGCCUGAUUGUAGAUCACAAUGAUCUGAGUCACAAGAAUGAAGACUUUAUUGACACAGAAACAGCUACUCAAACUGAUAGUUCACCCAAAACAACUGUCAUUGUGAACCCCCAGCAAAAGGUAUACAUUCCAUCUGUUUCAAGGAGCAUCAAUACAAAAGAAAAUAAAUCCAGUGUACCAUGGGCACUAGGUUUUAAUGUAGAUGAAGUUGGAGCGUCAGCAACUCAAAAUUUCAAACUUGUCAAUUUGAAUACUCUUACGUCCUUGGAAAACCAAAAAGCUGAUAACACAGAUACACAAGGAAAAAAUAUUGCAUCUAAUUCAGCAGAAGAUGUGGCUCUGGGUCUUCCUCUAUCUGUUGUGUUUAACCAAGAUGACAUAGAAGAACAGAAAACAGGACCUGUGAGCAAAGGUGAAAAGCAAGCCCAAAUGGUGGACAUUUCAGACAAUGUUACAGCUGAUCCAACAAUAGUUGUCUCUUUAACAGAACCUGUGAAAACAAUCCACUUGAGCAAGAAUGUGGAUACACAAAAAGUAAUACGUAAUGAUCAAAACGAUGUUCAAUUGGAAAUUGCUAGUGGGACUCAAAUAAUUGAACACACAGUAUCAGAAACUGUCACAAUGUUUGAUGAUAAAAGAAGCAUUCCUGAUGUCUGUACCAAUGACAUGCCUGAAGAGCAAAAAAGCAAGGAUAACAUUACAAGAUUAUCCACUGGGAGCCUGACAAUAGAAACUGGGUAUGAAAUCGAGAAAUCACCAAAGAAGUAUAAUCAUGCUAUGCAAAGAAGUGCAGCAAUUGCUUUAACACAUGUAAAUGAGGAAACACCAUCAGAGGUACCAAAUAGACAAAUUAAUCAGAAUUCAACCGUGUUGACAACUAUUGAAAUGAUUAAUGAAGCAAGGACUGAAGAUAUAGCUACAAGUACAAAUGAAUCAACAGCUAUAAAUGAGAAUGAUGAAGUUUCCAAGAUUGAUACUAAAAUUGCUCCAGUGACAGCCCCAAUUAUAAUACAAUCAAAUGGGAUUAGCAAUUCUGAAGCUACCAUGACCACUGAACACCAAGAGAUUGCAGAUUCCAGCUAUCCACAGACUGAGAAAUCAUUGCACAUUCAAAAACCAGACCAAAUGUACAAAACCCCUUCUGUAAAUGAGCAUGAUCACACUUCCGAAGUUUUACAGGGUACUCAAGUCCCUUCGCUUGAGCCAAAGCUUCCUAGCACAACCAGGCCAUCUUUACUGAGUGAAAGUAUAUUCUACAGAUUCUAUCAAGAAUCAAUGGAGUUAUUAGAUUCAGAUAUUAAUACCACUUCAACUUCAAAUAAUGAAACAGUAACUAUGCCAGUUGUUAAAGAAAAUCAAUUGAUUGAAGAAAUCCAUGACAACACAGAAGAAUCUAAUUUUGUGACAAUGCAGCAAGAUGCCAAUGAAUCAUCCAUUGAAACAAGCAGAAAGUGUAGCCCGUCAGAAAAUAGUCUGUGGUACAGAUGUUUUCAACAAAGUUCUGGCUUGUUGAACACAGAGAGUAAUAUACAGCCGAAUAUAAUCAGUGAAACAAAUUUCGAAAAUGCACGGAACAAUGAAAUGGUACAAUUGACAAAACCAAGUACUCGCAUAGCAAAUUUUGCUGAGGAAGUAAUCCAAGGCACCUUAGAGGGAGAUGUACUGAGUAAUUCUAGGAUGACCAGUUGUCACGAAAAAGAUGAGGAAAUGGCAAAGAAAAUUGCAAUCCAUGAUAAGGAGAACUCAAAUUCAACAAAUUCAGAUAAACCAGAAGACAAAGAAAUUAUUUUAAAAAUUAAAGAAAAUAGAGAAGGAAAUAUCAGUUUGCAAUCAGGAGCAGAACAAAUGAAAGCAAUGUGUACAAUUGAUGCAUCCCAGGCACUUCCAGCUGAAAGAAUACCAUCUGCAGGUAGUGGUGACAGUUUGGAAGAAAAGACAAAAGAAGUAAAAGAGAAAUUAGUAUCUUCAGCUGUAGAAAUGAUACCACACACCCAGCUAGCUAACAUAACAAACAAAAUGGGUAUUAUUAAUAGAAAAAUGGCUCCAGAUUUCAUACAAAAUACUGGGAUAAUGAAUAGUAUGAAAGAUAUUUCCUUAAAUGAAUGCACGAAUGAAUUAACAAUGAACAAAAUGAUUGAAGAUGAACCCAAAGAAUUAAAGAAAAUUCUACAACUUAAGGAUGAGAGACGAAAGGUGGUAGACUCAGAUCUAUCAGAGGAAUCUGAAAAUAGUUCUGUACCGAUCCCAGGAGAAGAGAGUAAAGACUCAUUUCUGUUCACACAUGAAAAUAUUUCUGAAUAUGUUCCUUUAAUCCACAGAGCUGAUGAGAAAAAUGCUUCAAUAAUGGUGGAACCACAUGAGAAAAGUAUCAGUACAGCAUCUUUAUUGCCAACUGACACUGACCUUACACUGGUACGUUCUGUUAAAGAUAAUAUAAACCAGGUAGCAGGAACAGGCCACUUAAAUCCUACCCCAACAGGAUAUGAAACUGGCAUCACAGAAUCCACAGUUAAAACAAUUGAAAUCAACAUAAACGAUUGUCAAGUAAAAGAACCAGAGCCUGCAAAGGAAACAGGGCAGGGAACUGAGCUCAGAAACAUAGUGGAUGCUACAAAAGAUUCCCUGUCAAAAGCACAUUUGGAAAUAAUUACAACAGACAAUGGAAGCUCUGAACCCAUGUCCCAGGAACCUUCUAGAGCUGCCGCAGAGCAGUGCAAUGUUCCUGAUCGAAUACAGAGUGCUGGUAUACUAAAAACUGGAUCUGCCACUUCAAGCCAAUCAAAUGUUUCCCAGGAAAGUUCAACAUUUGAUUUUAAGGAAAUUGUAACAAAUCCAGAAGCAACUAAUUUUCAGCCAGGUUCUGUCCCUUCUAAAUUAAGCCAGUCCAGUUUCUCAGCUGGCCAAGUAGACUCCAUGAAUCAAAACACAACAUUGAAAGAAGAUGGAAGUGACAUACUUGCCGAAAUGAAGAGUAGCUUCAAAAGCUCGGUAUCUGAUUCAAUUAAGCCACUGAAUGGAACGCCGAAAAGAAAAAUACAGAAAAUUCAGAUUUCGCCUGAGGAGACAUUUAAAAACAUUCAGGUACCUGAUGCUGUACAACUGCCGCCAUUAGACUCAGGAGCAGCUUGCAAAAGUGACAUGGCCGUACCAACAGAAACAAAACCUGUUGUAGAUUCAGAGUCUUUCACAGAGCCAUUAACCCCAUAUACCCAACCUGGUAGCAUUGCAAGCAAAGAGAAUAUCAUUACUGCAGAAACAGGACAAAAUUUCACAGACAAUACAAGGCUAAUGGAUAAGGCUAAAGGUAUUGACUUAAAUGAGAGCACAAUUAAUUUCGCAAUGAACAAUUCAAUUCACCAAGAGACUGAGAAAUUAAAGAAGUCACUACAUGUUAAGGAUGAGAAACUAGAUGUGGUCGUGAACUCAGAGGUAUCAGAGGAAUCUGAAGGUGACUCUGUACAGAUCUCCAGAGGAGGAAAUAAAGACUCACCUCUGUUCACACAUGAAAAUAUUCCUGAAUAUGUUCCUUCAAUCCACAGAUCUGAUGAGAAAAACACUUCAAUAAUGGUGGAACCACAUGAGAAAAGUAUCAGUAAAGCAUCUUUAUUGCCAACCGACAUUGACCUUACACUGGUACGUUCUGUUAAAGAUAAUAUAACCCAGGUAACAGAAAUGGGCCACUUAAAUCUUACACCAACAGGAUAUGAAACUGGCACUACAGAAUCCACAGUUAAAACAAUUGAAAUCAAUGUAAACAAUUGUCAAGUAAAAGAACCAGAUCCUGCAAAGGAAACAGGGCAGGGAACUGAAAUCAGAAACACACUAGAUGCUGCAAAAGGUUCCUUCUCAGAAACACAUUUGGAAAUAAUUAGAACAAACAAUGAAAACUUUGAACACAUGACCCAGGAAUCUUCUGGAACAACCACAGAGCCGUGUAAUAUUCCUGAUCAAAUACACAGUGCUGGUAAAUUAAAAACUGAAUCUGCCACUUCAAGCCAAUCAAAUGUUUCCCAGGAGUGUUCAAUGUCUGAUUUUGAGGAAUGUGUAACAAAUCCAGAAGCAACAAAUUUUCAGCCAGAUUCUGUCCCUUCUAAAGUAAACCAGUACAGUUUCUCAGCUGGCCAAGUAGACUCCAUGAAUCAAAACACAACAUUGAAAGAAGAUGGAAGUGACAUACUUUCUAAAAUGCAGAGUAGCUCCAAAAACUCGGUAUCUGAUUCAACUAAGCUACUGAAUGGAACGCCGAAAAGAACAAUACAGAAAAUUCAGAUUUCGCCUGAGGAGACAUUUAAAAACAUUCAGGUACCUGAUGCUGUACAACUGCCACCAUCAGACUCAGGAGCAGCUUGCAAAAGUGACAUGACCGUACCAACAGAAACAAAACCUGUUGUAGAUUCAGAGUCUUUCACAGAGCCAGUAACCCCAUAUACCCAACCUGGUAGCAUUGCAAGCAAAGAGAAUAUCAUUACUGCAGAAACAGGACAAGAUUUCACAGACAAUACAAGGCUAAUGGAUAAGGCUACAGGUAUUGACUUAAAUGAGAGCACAAUUAAUUUCACAAUGAACAAUUCAAUUCACCAAGAGACUGAGAAAUUAAAGAAGACACUACAUGUUAAGGAUGAGAAACUAAACUUGGUCGUGAACUCAGAGGUAUCAGUGGGAUCUGAAGGCAACGAUGCGCAGAUCCCUGGAGGAGAAAAUAAAGACUCACCUGUGUUCACACAUGAAAAUAUUUCUGAAUAUGUUCCUUCAAUCCACAGACCUGAUGAGAAAAACGCUUCAAUAAUGGUGGAACCACAUGGGAAAAGUAUCAGUACAGCAUCUUUAUUGCCAACCGACACUGACCUUACACUGGUGCGUUCUGUUAAAGAUAGUAUAACCCAGGGAGCAGAAAUAGGCCACUUAAAUCUUACCCCAACAGGAUAUAAACCUGGCAUCACAGAAUCCACAGUUAAAACAAUUGAAAUCAAUGUAAACAAUUGUCAAGUAAAAGAACCAGAUCCUGCAAAGGAAACAGGGCAGGGAACUGAAAUCAGAAAUACAGUGGAUGCUGCAAAAGAUUUCUUGUCAAUAACACCUUUGGAAGUAAUGAGAACAGACAAUGAAAACUUUGAACCCAUGGCCCAGGAAUCUUCUGCAGGAAAGAUAGAUCAGUGUGAUAUUGCUGAUCCACUACAGAGCGUUGCUGCUGUAUUUAAAGCCAAAUCUGUCACCAAAAGUGUAUCAAAUGGUGUUCAAGAACAUUUAAUGUCUGACUAUGAGAAAAGUAAAUCUGGUCAGUUAGCUAAUCCCAGUUAUUUCAUUAAUGCAAGUUUGAAAACUGUGAAGGAGGAUGAUACAAGAAUUUCUGGUCUACAGACCACUGUGGAUGAUUUGUUUGCAGACAUACGAAAUAGUCAAGUGACAAAAGGCAUAGAAUUAAUUGACUAUCAUCUUAAUAAUGAGAAAGAAAUGGACCCUGAAUUUUUAGAACAGGAAGCAUUGAUCCUAGACCAGUCAUUGGGCUGCAGCUUUAGGAGUCAGAAAUAUUUUCCUUUUGGUUUACCACCAAUAUAUGAAGAGGAAGAGUUAGAAAAUGAAGCAACAAUGGAUGUGUACAGUAUCGCCCAUUCACCAACUUCAAUAACGCAGCACAGUUCUAACCACCCAGUUACAUCUGUAGCUGAACCUACAGCAGUGUCUGUGCCCUUUGUGCAAACACAAGUAAUAGUUGAGGACGCUGAGGAAGAAGAACACAAUCCAACCAGUCCUGUUCCUGCAGUAGACGUGAGCACAAACCUCUCCAAUGACAACUUGAACAAACCUACUGCAAUUUCUCAGGAGAUAAGUGGAAAACAAAACCUUUCUUCACAGUUACAAACAGAUACAUGUGAAGUUGAUUCAAAAAUAUUCCACAAUCCUGGGUCUUCUGCAGGAGAUAGUGUAUUCUACAGAUAUUUUCAGUCAUCUAAGAAUCAUUUGCCAAACACUAAAGAAGCAGCACUACCAAGUACUUCUAAAAUAUUGACUGAUUUGCAACAUAAAUCAAUUGAAGACUCCAAACUGUUGAAAUGUUCAUCAGAUUCAAAGGGUCUUGUUGGAAACAAAAGUUUGAAAAUCAACCCAAGACCAGGGAAGGUGGUUAUUUAUGAUCAAUUAAACUUUCAUGGAAAUAAGCAUGAAAUCUUCACUGAUGUGCCUGAUGCAACAAGCUGGAUUUUUUCUGAAGGAAUCUCAUUAAAAGUUGUCCGAGGAUGUUGGAUAUUGUAUGAAAAACCUGAAUUUCAAGGCCAAACAUAUGUACUGGAAGAGGGACACAGAGAGUUAGAUGUACUCUGGGUUGACAAGAACUUGCAGAUGAAACCCACAACCAUAAAAAAUGUGAUUGGCUCCAUUAAAAGGAUUGUAAAGAAUCACUGCAUUCCAGAGAUUGCAAUCUUCCAAGAACCUCAGCAGAAUGAGAUUAAAAUGUACCUGCACAGUGAAGUCACCUGUUUAGAGGAAUUUGGAAUACCAUCCACGGUAUCUUCUAUUAUUGUCAAUUCAGGAAUUUGGCUUGCUUAUGAUAAGGCAAAUUUUGGUGGUCACUGUACUCUGCUAGAAGCUGGUAAUAGUUCAGCUCCACCAUUGACUGAACUAACCUUGAACAAUAUCAAGUCAUUACGGCCUCUGGAAAUGGGUGGACUGAAAGUGGAAAGGCCUAUGGCUCCUAAGGUUAUAAUAUUCGAAAAAACAUUCUUUAAUGGACACUCCAAGGAAAUUUGCAAAGAUACAUCAAAUUUGAAAAGUCUUUGGGAGGAUGUUCCUGACCUAAACAUGAAUGACAUUAAUGGAGUAGGUUCAGUAAGAGUACUUGGUGGAGUCUGGGUUUGUUAUGAAAAGGAAUGUUACAGUGGUCACCAGUACCUAUUGGAGGAAGGAGAGUAUGAGGAUUGGCAGGCAUGGGGUGGAUUUGACAGUACAGUACAAUCCAUGCGAUACAUUCAGGCAGAUUAUAUGAAGCCAGAAAUCACAUUAUUUGUGGAAGCAGAUUUAAAGGGUGACAAGACUGUUUUUGUUAAUCAUGACAUUCCAAACUUGAAAAUGGUUGGACAUGGAACUGUGACUCAAUCAAUUGAAGUGAAAAAUGGAGUAUGGGUGGUGUAUCAUGAAGAACAUUACUGUGGAAAGCAGUGCAUUCUAGAAAAGGGAGUGUAUAGAAACUACACUGACUGGGGAGGAAAUGACGGCUCAAUCAUGUCAAUACGCCCAAUACAACUGGAACUUGUUGGAGGGAACGAAGUGCAGUUUCAGCUCCAAGCAUUCAACAGAGUUGACUUUCAGGGAGAAAGUGUUGAAUUUGUAACAGAAAUACCCAGUUUACCAAGUUCACAACUAAAUUCAUUCAAAGUUCUUCGAGGAUGCUGGGUCUUGUAUGAUGGAAAAGAUUACAGUGGCCACCAGUAUGUGUUGGAGGAAGGACACUACCCAGACCUUGAUUCUUUGGGAUGUCUGUCAACCAACCUAAUUCAAUCUCUGAAGCCCAUCAGAUAUGAUUUUUCCAUGCCUUCUAUCAGCUUAUUUAGCCUUUAUUCAUUUGAAGGUCAAGAGCUGAUUCUUACAGAAGGCAUUAAUUGUUGGAAGGACAAAGGUUACUACCAAAUGCCAAAAUCAGUCAAAGUGAACAGUGGAAUAUGGAUAGCCUAUGAACAUGCCAACUUCAGAGGAAGACAGUUUCUCUUGGAAAGCACUGAAAUUACCAAUUGGAAUGAAUUCAGUGAAGGAAGGACAAUUGGUUCAAUUCGUCUGCUUGAACAGCCGAGAGUCUACUUCCAAAUCAAAAACAAAGCCACAGGAGAGUUUAUGACUGUUGUUGGAGAUGCUAAAGACCCAAAGGGAUCUAAAUUAUCUGUCUGUCCUUACAAUGGUAAAACUACACAGAUUUGGUUUUACUGUAAUGGGCUUAUUCGAUCCAAGGCUAACUAUACGUGCAUAGAUGCCAUUGGUAGUCAAGGAAAGGCUGGAACCAAAGUCAUUCUUUGGACAGAACAUAGCCGCACUCAUCAAAAAUGGAACAUUAAUAGAGAUGGAAUAAUUUCUUCUUUUCUAGAUUUUAAUCUGCGUCUAGAUAUUAAAGGUGGUGAUUCCUAUGAUAAGCACCACAUCAUCCUAAACUCACCAGAGGAACAACAAGAGACACAAUUCUGGGAUAUUGAAGUGAUGAGAUGAGAAAAACAAAAAGAAAGGAAAAAUCUGAAAUAUCAAUUCUGGGCCAACCAACGAAAACUGAUAACAAUCAAGUCUAGCAGUUAGUAAUUAGAAUUUUAGUCAAUGAGACACAUAUGAAGCUCUGUUAUUCACUAUGUUCUGACUUGCUAUGUCUAUCUAGUGGGAGGUUUCAUAAUUGUUCCCACAAGGCUAGUGUAAUUUAGAAAUUCAUUUCUUUGAAACACUUUAAAUAAAGCCAGUGUAACCAAAAUGCUGAAACAAAUGGAAUAAAAUUAAAAAUACUCAGCUCCAUCUAUUUGGCAAA